AUUCCAUUCCAAACGUUGCAAGAAAACUAAACCGUUAGAGAAACAAAGGGAAACCUUGUACUGUUAUGUAUCUGAGGGGAUAUUAUGAACGGGCUUCUGCAACCAAUACCUUAUCAACAAGCGAAAGAUCAGUGUCAGCUUUUACAUUCUGAGUUCAUUUGGCUUGAAGCCAGCAAUGUAAUCGGUUCCUUCCCUGCGUUCCCCUCCCUCUCCAACUCUGUGUCAUGAGCCACCGGUUUACUCUGUCCUGAUACUCCCUCGGCUUGAUUGUGUCCAUCAAUCCCUUCUGUAGCCCGUUUGCUUCUCGUUUUGGCUUUCGUCAAGUGGAAUCAGUCUGCAGAUACUGGGUUUUCUUAAGGGAUGGGGGAGGGAUUUUGUAAGUUAUUAGGGUUUAAGAGGUAAUUUUGUGUUUAGGGCUUUCGUUUCCUUUUUUUUCUUUUUAUACCAUUUGUUAGUUAUAUAGAUCCCAAAAAGAAAAGGAUUUUUUUUUCAAGUAAGGUAAAUUAAUACAGAAUCAAUUAUGAUAAAUUAAAAAAAAAAAUUAUCAAUAUGUCUGUCUGUCGAUGUGCCACAGUGGCAGUAGGUGUAAGUAGAUGAAACGAUAAUGGCAGGGAGCACGGCGGCGGCGACUCUGCUGACGGCUGUCUGGUUGGAUCAACUAGAAUUGGACAGCGCAAAGAAUAGUAAGAAGACAGCGGUUGUUGCAGGAAAAGAAGAAAGUUUUGGUACAAGUAGAAGAAACCCACGCCACCUUUCCCUCACAAAGCCAUCUUGGAUUGUCAGAACAGAGUCAAAUGUACGGAAAGAAAUAAGGAAGAGGCCAGACCCACCUUGUGAGGUCUGCCAUGGAACUGGUAGAGUUGAUUGCCCCCAUUGUUCUGGACAAGGUGUCAACCAACCUCCCAGCAGGACUAACUGUGUGCAUUUAGCAAUGCUUCCUGAAGGUGAAUGGCCUAAAUGGUGCAGGACUUGUGGUGGCAGUGGCCUCAGCUACUGCUCCCGUUGCCUUGGAACUGGAGAGUAUAGGUAUAUCAUGGGCUUCCACUUCAUGAUGGCUUCUGAUGACACCAAAAACCACCCGCAGCAGCAUCAGACACCCGCUAAGAGUACAGCUGCCGGGGGGCCUCUCGACGUAGAAGAUUUGGAUUCAAACCAUGACAUCUGAAGAUGCAGCAGAUAAUUUUGGCCAAAGCAGCUUCCAAAUUUGCAUUCUGUGUUCAGGUUGUGUAAAUUUUAGAUUUGAUAUGAAGAAAGCUGCUGUCACUUUAACGAA